CUCUCGCUCAUUAAGACAGAGACACGUAGUCUCUGCAUCGCAUUGACGUGCCUGGUGUCUCAAUCAGCCUUUAUUCACCUUGCCCCUCCAACCAUCAGACACCCGUCAAUACCGGAGACUACGAUAGUCUGCGAACAUCUACAGCAGACUGACCACCUCACUCCAACAACCACAACACGAACACAUCCUCCGAACCUAUACAAAGACCAGGACCAGAAACAAUGCUAUCAACCCUCCUCGCAGCCCUCUGUCCAUGCUCGUGCACCAGCCCGACAUCUCCCCCACCACCAAACACCGCAACCACAUCCACCCAUCACCACCACCACCCCAACAGCAUCCAGUACCAACCCCCCUUAGAACCCACCCUCACCCUCCCAGCCUACACCCCCCACCCAAACACCGAAACCCUAAACGAAAAGACCCUCGCCCUACACCUCCGCGACCCGCCCAUCUCCUCAUCCAGCUACAACAACAACAACAAUUCCUUCCCCCUCGACGAAAAACACCCCUACACUACUACAUCCACCACCACCCCACAAACAUCAGAGACGAACUCUGCAGGAAACAAUGCAACAGCAGACGACGCCUCCUCGCAAAUCUCCUUCCCUAGCACAACCCACAGCUACGGAAACACCUCCACCGCGACGAGAGAGACGCCGCCUCCGCCGUACUCGCCGACCUGGAGGGGUCACGCGGAGGGGGAGGUCGAGGGGGUGAUUUCUCCGGUGCCGUCGUUGAGUUUUUCGGGUGAUGGGGAGAGGUCCAGGUCGGUGUCGGUGUCCGGGAGGAGUAGUGGGAGUUGGGGGGAGGGGGGGAGUAGUAUUGGCGAUGGGGAUGGGGAUAGGGUGGGGAUUGUGGCGCCGAGGGGGGUGUAUAUAGCUGGUCAGAGUGGUAGAGGGGAUGCGUGGAGUGGGAGUAUUGGGGAGGAGUAUUAUGGGGUUGGGUAUGGCGUUAGGGAUGGGGAUUUGGGGAGGGUGAGUUAUGAGAGUGGUAGGAGUGGGAGGGGUGGUGGUGGUGGGAGGAGGGGGUCGUGGGGUGUAUAG